UCUUUCUUUCUUUCUUUACCAACAUCACUUUCCUCGAAUCUCCAACAAAUAUAUAUAUUGAGCCGAACGUUGAACCUUUUGUCUUUCCUCUCUGAUCCCAACAAUCUUCGCCGGUUUCAUCAUUAUUUCCCUAUCUUUAUUUCAAGAAUUCAAUUCCAUUUCCUCAUCGGUUUUCUGGUCAAUGUAGUUAGUAGAUCUUUUUCUUCAUACUAGCUUUUCUGAUUGGGAUUACGGGGUUUUGGUUUCAAAAUAUCUAGUUGGAGAGCGUGGACUUGUUUUAGAAAUCAAAAUCCUAUCCUCAUUGUUUGGGGAUAUAUAGACUUCUUCCAUUUUUUUUGGUCUUCGAGGUUUUUUUUUUUUUUUUUUUUUUUUUUCAGUUUGGUGCUGAUUUAAUGCUUAUUUUGUGAUUUUUUUGGGUUUUCUUCCUCUCCGGAUUACCGAAGAAAGCAAGAAAUUUAUUUUUUUCUUUGAAAUCUGGAGGCGCGUGAACUUGGAGGUCAAUGUUUGGUGGGUAUUUGGUUAAUUGCACAAAUAAAUGCUGGGUUGGUCACAAAUCUGAGUGGAAUUAGCACUUUUGAGCUUCUGGGUGGGCGUGUGUCGAAGGGAAUUUGAUAAUGGAGCAUGUGAUUGCUGGGAAGUUUAAGCUGGGGAGAAAGAUUGGGAGUGGGUCCUUUGGGGAGCUCUAUUUAGCCAUUAAUGUACAAACUGGAGAGGAGGUGGCUAUUAAGCUGGAACCCGUGAAGACCAAGCAUCCCCAACUUUACUAUGAAUCAAAAUUGUACAUGCUUCUUCAAGGAGGAACUGGAAUCCCCCACCUCAAGUGGUUUGGAGUCGAGGGUGACUAUAAUAUCAUGGCUAUCGACCUUCUUGGACCAAGUUUGGAAGAUUUGUUUAACUAUUGCAAUAGGAAGUUCACAUUGAAAACAGUUUUGAUGAUUGCAGAUCAAUUAAUUAACAGAGUUGAAUACAUGCAUUCAAGGGGUUUUCUUCACCGUGAUAUAAAACCAGACAACUUCUUGAUGGGUCUAGGGCGUAAAGCAAAUCAGGUUUACGUUAUUGAUUAUGGCCUAGCGAAGAAGUAUAGAGAUCUUCAAACUCAUAAGCACAUACCAUACAGGGAAAACAAGAACCUCACAGGCACAGCUCGGUAUGCAAGUGUCAAUACUCACCUUGGAAUUGAACAAAGCAGAAGGGAUGAUCUGGAGUCUCUUGGUUAUGUGCUUAUGUAUUUUCUAAGAGGAAGCCUUCCCUGGCAGGGAUUAAAAGCUGGCACAAAAAAGCAAAAAUAUGAUAAAAUCAGUGAAAAGAAGAUGUCAACUCCCAUAGAGGUGCUUUGCAAAUCAUAUGCAUCUGAGUUUGUAUCCUAUUUUCACUACUGCCGAUCUUUGCGGUUUGAGGACAAACCAGAUUAUUCAUAUUUAAAGAGGCUUUUCCGAGACUUGUUUAUUCGAGAAGGUUAUCAAUUUGACUAUAUAUUUGACUGGACUAUAUUAAAAUACCCUCAGAUUGGUGCCAGCUAUAAAGGACGGCAACUCAGUGGGAAAGCAGGUUUGUAUGCAGGAACAUCUGCAGAAAGACCAGAGAGGAUCUCAGUUGGGAAAGAGAUCCGAGAUAGAUUCUCUGGUGCAGUUGAAGCAUUUUCCAGAAGAAAUACCUCGGGCACUAGUCCUCGUGAUCCUUCCAAACAUAGGCUAUAUGAGGAUUUUACUUCAACCAAGGAUGUGCACUUUGAUUCAGACAAAGGGCACAGUUCUCGAUAUGGCAGCUCUUCAAGAAAAGCUGUCAUCUCAAGCGGCAUGCCAGGUUCUUCUGGUGAAUACAGUGAAGGUCGCGCAGGCCGUCUAGUUGCAGGCGGUGGCCGCCCAUCUACCACGCACAGAAUUCAACCUGGUUAUGAGUCAAAAACAUCUCAUACUCGCACUGCAGCUACCAGAGGCACCCGCGAUGAUCCUCUUCGGAGAUUUGAACUCCUCUCAAUCAGGAAAUAACUGACUAUUUUGUCCGGAAAAACUAGAAGAUACUUGUUACGCUUCUAAUGAAUACAUGCAUGUUGAAUUUGGAAAAAAGGUUUAAUAGUUAUUUUCACCCUUGUACAUGGGAGAUCGGAGAAUCACCACUGUUACACGUUCAUGUCA